AUGAUAUCACGUGCUUUACCAUCACCUCCUCCUCUUCUUCCUCCUCCAAUUCCAACAAAAACAGCUCGUGUUGAGGCUUUGCCUGUUAAAAUUCCAACAGCAUUAUGUAUUACAUUUGCUCUUCCUUCUCAAGUAGCAUUACCAACUCCUCUAACAAAUGUCUUUGAUUCAAUUCAUCUACCAAGUCUUCAAAUGCCACCACCAACAACAACAACAGCAACAUCAAUUGAUACACAAACAGAUGAUUUAUCUCAUCUUAUUUGUCAUGAUCAACAAUGUCAAACGGAAUCAAUUUAA